AUGGCACAACAGACAGGCACUCAACCCCCUGGGUUCGGUUGCAACAUCGCUGGCUGCACUAUAAACUUCUCGAGGUUCACAGAUGCACAGCGUCAUGCAAUAACAGUUCAUGGUUCUGAUCGGUUCUAUUGCCAUGUUCCUGGAUGCACAUGGAGAGGAGGGAGUCGUAAAGACAAGUUGAAGGGCCAUAUGGACAAGGAGCAUUCUGAGUUGAUAAGUUUUCCUUUGGAGAUACCAGACGAUGGUUCCUGGCUUGCUUUGUCUCCAGCUGCCCAUGCCUACAGUCAGACUCCAGUAGGAUAUAAUUAUAGCCCCCAGGUUCAGCAACCAGUACCCGCAAACGCUUCUGGAGCGUCCACAUAUGAGGCCCAGGCCCAAGCUUCGUACAUCCCAGUAUCUUCGUCUGCUACCCACAACAGCCAGGCGGAUACCAACUUGGGCACACAAUGGCACCCGAUACAUUCUUCAUCCUCCCAGAGUCAUUACAACCGUGGAGAUAUGGGACAGUAUUAUACCAACCCCGCAGACCAUCAGGACUUGUCCUCUACUCCAGCAGCUGGGGACGAGUGCAAACGUAUCGAGAAUGAGGACGGAGCAGCGGAGACUGAAUACUCUCAACACUGA